CAGAACAGCAACUAAAUUCCGAAUUCCUUAUUCCUAUGCACAUUUAUGUGAAGCAGAUGUAAAUUAUGAGCAGAUGAGCUCAGCGGACGAACAAUUAUCAAUAUCCAGUAAAAAACUCCGAAGGAGUCGAACAACAUUCACAUUGAUGCAACUUUCUGCUUUAGAACAAAUUUUCGAACGAACACACUAUCCAGACGCUUUUCUGAGAGAAGAAAUAGCAAAUAAAGUGGGAUUAAGUGAGACACGCGUGCAGGUGUGGUUUCAAAAUCGAAGGGCUAAGUUUCGCCGCAACGAGCGUAAUGUUACUUUGAAUACACAGUCUAUAUCAACCAUACAACCAGUUAUGCACUUCCAUCAAUUGGCUAAUCAAAAUAAAAUUCCAAAUAAACAACACAGUCUUCACGCAGAUCAAUCUAGUUCAUAUACUUUUAAUUUGCAAAAUCUCAGUGCAAUUUUCUCGAGUUCAGCCCAAGUGGGUAGUUUUUCGUAUGAAGAAACAGUUUGCUCACAGAAUUUGAGCUCAUGCUAUCAUUCGACAAAUUACUCUCAAUCAAUAAUGCCGAACUAUAAAUAUUGACAUAGAAUCGAUUCCGUUUGGUAAACACUACACCAGUUAACUGUAAAUAGUGGUCAUAUUCCAGCAAGCUUGGAUCGCUAGUGAAAAUUAUGAGUUUCAUUUAAU